GAGCAAACAUGGCGGCCCUCGAGUCCGGGCCGGCUCUGAGUCCAGGCACGGUAGAGGGCGAGGAGGAGACAAUUCUCUAUGACUUACUAGUGAACACUGAGUGGCCACCGGAGACAGAAGUUCAGCUUAGAGGCAACCGAAAACAUGGUGCAUCCUUUAUCAUCACAAAAGCAAUUCGAGAUCGUUUAUUAUUUUUAAGCCAAUACAUCUGGUACAGACCUGCACCCUUUAUGCUCCCUGAUGUACUGGUUCGCUUGGUUAAUAAACAGAUAAACUGGCAUUUGGUACUUGCAAGCAAUGGGAAGCUUUUGGCUGCUGUUCAAGAUCAGUGUGUGGAAAUCAGGUCUGCAAAAGAUGAAUUUACAUCUAUUAUUGGGAAAUGUCAAGUUCCAAAAGAUCCAAAACCCCAGUGGAGACGGAUAGCAUGGAGCUAUGAUUGUACCUUGCUGGCCUAUGCAGAAAGCACAGGAACUGUGAGGGUGUUUGAUCUCAUGGGCAGUGAACUCUUUGUCAUUUCCCCGGCAUCCAGUUUUGCAGGUGAUUUGAGCUAUGCCAUUGCUGGGUUGAUAUUUUUAGAAUACAAAGCAAGUGCACAGUGGUCUGCAGAACUCCUGGUCAUUAAUUACCGAGGAGAACUUAGAAGUUACCUUGUAAGUGUUGGAACAAAUCAGAGUUACCAAGAGAGUCACUGUUUCAGCUUCAGUAGUCAUUAUCCUCGUGGAAUCAACACAGCCAUUUACCAUCCUGGUCACAGACUUUUACUGGUUGGUGGCUGUGAAACUGUAGAAGUGGGCAUGUCAAAAGCUUCUAGCUGUGGCCUUUCUGCCUGGAGAGUGCUCUCAGGAUCACCUUAUUAUAAGCAAGUUACUAAUAGUGGAGACAAGGUUACCGUGGUACCAAAGACACUGGGGUUAUUAAGGAUGUUAAGUGUCAAGUUCUACAGUCACCAGGGACGAGAACAGGAUGGAAUCUUUAAGAUGAGCCUUUCUCCAGAUGGGAUGCUUCUUGCAGCCAUUCAUUUCUCAGGGAAACUGAGCAUCUGGGCAAUUCCAUCUCUGAAGCAACAAGGGGAAUGGAAUCAAAGUGAGCAGCCAGGCUAUGAUGACCUUAAUCCUGAUUGGAGGCUCUCAAUUGAGAGGAGAAAAAAAAUCAAAGAUAAAGAGUCCUUUUACCCACUGAUAGAUGUCAACUGGUGGGCAGACAGUGCUGUGACUUUGGCUCGAUGUUCUGGUGCUUUAACUGUCUCGUCAGUGAAAACUUUGAAGAAUUUACUGGGAAAGUCCUGUGAAUGGUUUGAACCAUCACCACAAGUAACUGCUACCCAUGAUGGGGGAUUUUUAAGUUUGGAGUGUGAGAUUAAACUUGCCCCCAAACGAUCUCGUUUGGAGAUUAGAGCUGGAGAAGAGGAUGAGGGAGAAGAGGAUUCUGAUUCCGAUCAUGAAAUAUCUGCCAAGACUCGCUACUUUGGUUAUAUAAAACAGGGCCUUUACUUAGUGACUGAAAUGGAGCGAUUUGCACCACCACGGAAGCGGCCACGAACCAUUACCAAAAACUAUCGCCUCGUGAGUUUGCGCUCUACGACUCCAGAGGAGCUUUAUCAGAGAAAGAUUGAAAAUGAAGACUAUGAGGAAGCCUUGUCUUUGGCUCAUACCUAUGGCCUGGAUACUGACCUAGUGUAUCAGAGGCAGUGGAGGAAGUCAGCAGUCAACAUUGCUUCAAUUCAGAAUUAUUUGAGCAAAAUAAAGAAGCGAUCCUGGGUUCUCCACGAGUGUUUGGAAAGAGUUCCUGAAAACGUGGAUGCUGCAAAAGAACUACUUCAGUAUGGUUUAAAAGGCACAGACCUGGAGGCUCUUUUAGCAAUAGGGAAUGGAGCCGAUGAUGGAAGAUUUAUAUUACCUGGUCAAGUAGACAUUGAUAAUAUUUCCUAUGAGGAGCUUUCCCCACCUGAGGAAGAGCCUGCCAAAAAUAAAAAGGAAAAGAAGCUCAAGAAAAGACGAGAACUUCUUAAAUUAGUGAACUUUUCAAAGUUGACACUGGAACAAAAGGAACUUUGCCGCUGCAGACUAAAAUUGUUAACCUACUUAGACCGACUUGCAACAUAUGAGGAAAUCCUGGGUGUGCCUUAUGGAUCGGAACAGAGGUAUGAUGCUGAAUUCUUUAAGAAGUUCAGAAAUCAGAAUAUUGUUCUCUCAGCAAGAACUUAUGCUCGGGAAAGUAAUGUACAAGCCCUAGGAAUUCUGUUUACUUAUCAUGGCUCUGACCUGCUUCCUCAUCGCCUUGCGAUUCUCUCCAACUUCCCAGAGACCACUUCUCCUCAUGAAUAUUCUGUUUUGCUGCCCGAAGCUUGUUCUAAUGGUGACUCCCUGAUGAUUGUUCCUUGGCACGAACGUAAACACCGAGCUAAAGAUUGGUGCGAAGAGUUGGAAUGCAGAACGGUUGUUGAACCAAGUCUUCAAGAUGAAAGCGAAUUCUUGUAUGCUGCGCAGCCUGAGUUACUAAAGUUCAAGACAACCCAGCUUACAGUCGAGAAGGUUAUGGACUGGUAUCAGACCAGAACAAAGGAAAUAGAGCAUUAUGCCCGACAGGUUGACUGUGCCUUGUCACUUACUCGUCUCGGAAUGGAGCGGAGUGUCCCUGGUUUGCUGGUUCUGUGUGAUAAUUUGGUUACUCUGGAAACAUUGGUUUAUGAAGCUGGGUGUGACUUAACCUUAACUUUGGAAGAACUCCAGCAGAUGAAAGACAUUGAAAAACUAAGAUUACUGAUGAAUAGUUGUUCUGAGGACAAGUAUGUGACAAGUGCUUACCAGUGGAUGGUUCCCUUUCUUCAUCGUUGUGAGAAGCAUUCUCCUGGUGUGGCUAACGAGCUAUUAAGGGAAUAUUUAGUAACAUUAGCUAAAGGGGACUUACAGUUUCCCUUGAAGAUAUUUCAGCAUUCCAAACCAGAUCUGCAGCAAAAAAUUAUUCCUGAUCAGGACCAACUGAUGGCAGUAGCACUUGAGUGCAUCUAUAACUGUGAACGUAAUGACCAACUCUCUCUUUGCUAUGACAUCUUAGAAUGUCUGCCACAAAGGGGAUAUGGUCAGAAGACAGAGGUAACUACAACUCUUCAUGAUAUGGUAGACCAGCUGGAACAAAUUCUCAGUGUGUCAGAGCUUUUGGAAAAACAUGGACUUGAGAAACCUGUUUCAUUUGUUAAAAACACUCAGUCUAGCACAGAAGAGGGACACAAGCUGAUGGUUAGAUUGACUAGGCACACCGGUCGGAAGCAGCCUCCUGUUAGUGAGUCUCACUGGAGAGCAUUGCUGCAGGACAUGCUAACUAUGCAGCAGAAUGUGUACACGUGUCUCGACCCUGAUGCUUGCUACGAGAUAUUUACAGAAAGCCUUCUGUGCUCCAGUCGUCUUGACAAUAUCCAGCUGGCUGGGCAGAUGAUGCACUGCAGCGCCUGCUCACUGUCCCCUGCUGCAGGCGUAGCCCGUAAAGGGAAGCCCCAGUACAGGGUCAGUUACCAAAAAAGCAUUGACUUGGUUUUGGCUGCCAGCAGAGAGUACUUCAAUUCUUCUACCAGCCUCACGGAUAGCUGCAUGGAUCUGGCCAGGUGUUGCUUACAGCUGAUAGCAGAUAGACCCCCUGCCAUUCAAGAGGAGCUAGAUCUCAUCCAAGCCCUUGAAUGUCUUGAAGAGUUUGGAGUAAAGAUCUUGCCUUUGCAAGUGCGAUUGUGCUCUGAUAAGAUCAGCCUCAUCAAGGAGUGCAUUUCCCAGUCCCCCACAUGCUAUAAACAGUCUGCCAAACUUCUGGGUCUUGCUGAGCUGCUGAGGGUUGCAGGUGAAGACCCAGAAGAAAGGCGUGGGCAAGUUCUCAUCCUUCUGGUUGAGCAAGCACUUCGUUUCCAUGACUACAAAGCAGCCAAUAUGCAUUGUCAGGAGCUGAUGGUCACUGGUUAUCCCAAAAGUUGGGAUGUUUGCAGCCAGUUAGGACAAUCAGAAGGUUACCAGGACUUGGCUACUCGUCAAGAGCUCAUGGCUUUCGCUUUGACACAUUGCCCUCCUGGCAGCAUUGAACUUCUUUUGGCAGCCAGCAGCUCUCUGCAGGCAGAAAUUCUUUAUCAAAGAGUGAAUUUCCAGAUCCACCCUGAAGGAGGGGAAAAUAUCAAUGUUUCACCACUAGUUGGCAAAACGGUGCAAGAGGAUGAAGCAGGUGUUUUAGGUCUCAGUUCAGCUGACCUGUUACACUGGACCACUGCUACCACCAUGAAAGUGCUUUCCAACACAACGACCACCACCAAGGCCGUGCUGCAGGCUGUCAGUGCCGGGCAGUGGUGGAAGAAUUCCUUAACUUACCUUCGGCCCCAAGGGCAAGAAUUUGGUGGUGCUUAUCACAUUGGAACUAUAGCCAAUAAAGAUCUAGAAAGGCAGGGGUGUCAUCCCUUUUACGAAUCUGUCAUCUCUAAUGCCUUUGUCACUGAGUCUCAAGUGACCUAUGACACUUACCAGCAUGUCCCAGUGGAAAGCUUUGCAGAAGUUUUGCUGAGAACUGGGAAACUGGCAGAGGCUAAAACUGAAGGAGAAGUAUUUCCAACAACAGAAGUUCUCUUGCAGCUGGCAAGUGAUGCUUUGCCAAAUGACAUGACGUUGGCUCUGGCCUAUCUCCUUGCCUUACCACAGGUGUUAGAUGCUAACAAAUGCUUUGAAAAGCAGUCACACUCUGCGUUGUGUCUCCAGCUGGCGGCUUACUAUUACAGCCUACAGAUCUAUGCACGCUUGGCUCCAUGUUUCAGUGACAAGUGCCAUCCUCUUUAUAGGGCCGAUCCUGAAGAGCUUAUCAAGAUGGUCACCAGGCACAUAACUCGUCAUGGACGUGAAGCCUGGCCUGAAGACCUUGUCUCACUGACCACACAGUUACACUACUACAAUGAGCGUCUCCUGGAUUUCACUCAAGCUCAAGUCCUUCAGGGCCUUGGGAAGGGUGUGGAUGUGCAGCGGUUUACCACGGAUGACCAGUAUAAAAGGGAAACUAUCCUUGGUCUAGCAGAAACCCUGGAGGAAAACGUCUAUAGCAUUGCUCUUUCUCUGGCACAGAGGUACAGUGUCUCCCGCUGGGAAGUUUUUAUGACCCACUUGGAGUUCCUGUUCACCGACAGUGGUUUGUCCACAGUGGAAAUUGAAAAUCGAGCCCAAGCCCUUCAUCUCUUGGAGACUUUGAAGACUGAUCCUGAAGCCUUUCACAAGCACAUGGUCAAGUAUAUUUACCCUACUAUUGGUGGCUUUGACCAUGAAAGGCUGCUGUAUUAUUUCACUCUUCUGGAGAACUGUGGUUGUGCAGAUUUGGGAAAAUAUGCCAUUAAACCAGAAACCCACAUUCGCUUGCUGAAGAAAUUUAAGGUAGUUGCACCAGGUCUUAAUUACAAAAAGCUGACAGAUGAAAAUAUGAGCCCUCUUGAGGCACUGGAGCCAGUCCUUUCAAGUCAAAAUAUCUUAUCUAUUUCCAAACUUGUUCCCAAAAUCCCUGAAAAGGAUGGACAGAUGCUUUCCCCAAGCUCUCUGUACACCAUCUGGUUACAGAAGUUGUUCUGGACUGGAGACCCUCACCUCAUUAAACAAGCCCCAGAGUCCUCCUCGGAGUGGCUUCAUGCCUAUGAUGUCUGCAUGAAGUACUUUGAUCGCCUCCGCCUGGGUGACCUCCUCACUAUGGUCGAUGCAAUUACAUUUUCUCCAAAAGCGGUGACCAAGCUACCUGUGGAAACACGUAAAGAGAUGACUAAAAAGGCUAUCAAGACAGUCAAACAUUUUUUUGAGAAGGCAAGGAAAAGAAAUUCAGAAGAAGACAUUCACGAAGUUGGUGAUUCUAAAGUUACCUAUGCAGAUGCUUUGAAUCAUCUGGAGAAAUCACUUGCUCACCUGGAAACCCUCAGCCAUAGCUUCAUCGUGUCUCUGAAGAAUAGUGAGCAGGAAACACUGCAGAAAUACAGUCACCUCUAUGAUCUGUCCCGAUCAGAAAAAGCGAAACUCCAGGAGCAAGCUGUGGCUAUGUGUUUAGAUGGUCAGCCUCUGAGAAUGAUUCAGCAGCUGCUAGAGGUGGCUGUUGGCCCUCUCGACAUCUCACCCAAGGAUAUAGUACACAAUGCAAUAAUGAAAAUAAUUUCUGUAUUGAGUGGAGGCAGUGCUGACCUUGGAGGGCCACGGGACCCCCUGCGGGUCUUGGAAGGUGUUGUUGCAUCAGUGCACGCCAGUGUGGACCAGGGAGAGGAGCUGGUUUCCUCGGAGGACCUGCUGGAGUGGCUGCGGCCCUUCUGUGCUGAUGACGCCUGGCCGGUGCGGCCCCGCAUCCACGUGCUGCAGAUUUUAGAGCAGUCGUUUCACCUGACCGAAGAGGACAGCAAGCUGCUCGUGUUCUUCAGGACUGAAGCCAUUCUCAAAGCCACCUGGCCCCAGAGACAGGUAGAAAUAGCGGACAUUGAGACUGAGGAGAAUCGCCACUGUCUGUUCAUGGAACUGCUGGAAUCCAGUCACCAGGAGGUUGAAUUUCAGCACUUGAGUUUGCUCCUGCAAGCUUGGCCACCUGUGAAAAGGGAACAUUUAACCAGCAUAACCAAUAACCCAUGGGUGAGACUUGCUACAGCCAUGCUAACUGAAUGUACGGUGGAGAACAAGGAAAGAUCAGGGAGUGAAGUUUUGAAAAUCUGCCGCUCUUUGUAUAACACCGAGCAGAUGUUGCCUGCAGAGGCCGUGAAGGAGUUGAGCCUGCUGCUGCUGGCCCAGUCCCUCCUGCUGCCCGCCCUGAAGCUUCUCCUGGAGAGCCCAGACCAGCGUCUGCACACGAUGGCCCUGGAGCAAGUCGCAGCUGUCACUACGGUGAAUGAUUCAAACUGUGACCAAGAACUUCUUUCCCUCCUCCUGGAUGCCAAGCUGCUAGUGAAGUGUAUCUCCACGCCCUACUACCCGCGCAUCAUCCACCACCUUUUGGCCAGCCCCCAGCAAGGACGCUGGGAUGCCGAGGAGCUGGCCCGACACCUGCGGGAGGCCGGCCACGAUGCCCAGGCUGGGUCACUCCUUCUGGCUGUGAGGGGGACUCACCGGGCCCUGAGAACUUUCAGCACAGCCCUCCAUGCAGGGCAGCACUGGGUGUGAGCAGCCUUCCUGUGGCAUGUGAGCCCUUGUGAAAAGCGCGUCCAGAGCUGCAUGCUGACCCGACAGCCACACGCGUGCCUGUGAUUAUUCUCAGUGAUUCCAACAAAUAAAGAUAUAUAUAAUCAUG